AGAGAGAGAGAAGGCGAGACGGCCCACGCUGUUGCAGUUAUAGGAAGUACCGGCUGCGGUUGCAAAGUGUGAAAGCAAACUCUUGUCACCUCUUGAAUUGCUCCGAGUGGACAGACACCUCACAUAAUGCCAUCUUUCGAUGAGGUUUUAAAAGAAGCUGGGGAAUUUGGAAGAUUUCAAAAGAGGGUCUUUUUCCUCCUUUGCCAGACAGGCAUAACUUUUUCCUUCCUAUUUGCCAGCGUGGUUUUUCUUGGGCAGGCACCAGAGAAUUACUGGUGCAGGAUCCCUGGGGCAACUGAACUGAGCGAAAGAUGCGGCUGGACGCUCGAAGAGGAGCACAACUUUACGGUGCUGCCCCUGCGGCUGGUGAACAAGUCUUUGAGCAGGGAGUGUGAGAGGCUGGACACGGCAUGGGACACCUCCACCAGCUGCGCCAGCCCCCUCGCCCGCUACGGCAACCGCAGCGCGGGCAGCCUGCUGCUUACUGCAUGCCGUGAUGACUGGGUGUAUGAGGAGCCCUACUCAUCCAUCGUCAGCGAGUAUAACCUUGUGUGUGGCAAUGCCUGGAUGCUAGAUCUAACGCAGGCUAUCCUCAAUCUGGGAUUUCUGGCUGGUGCAUUCACUCUAGGCUACGCUGCGGACAGAUACGGGAGAAUCCUCAUUUAUCUUCUCUCCUGCCUUGGGGUUGGGAUAUGUGGUAUCAUAGUUGCGUUCGCACCAAGUUUUACUGUAUUUCUGAUCUUCCGUUUUCUCCAAGGUGUGUUUGGCAAGGGAACCUGGAUGACAUGUUAUGUGAUCGUGACGGAGAUUGUUGGUUCUGACCAGCGGAUCAUUGGGAUCGUGAUACAGAUAUUCUUCACCUUGGGAAUUAUGAUUCUCCCUGGAAUUGCAUACUGGAUUCCCAGCUGGCAGGGUAUCCAGCUGGCCAUUUCACUGCCCAACUUCCUUUUCCUGCUCUACUACUGGGCAGUUCCUGAAUCUCCACGCUGGCUCCUGACACGUAAAAAGGGAGAGAGGGCAUUAAAGAUCAUGCACAACAUUGCAAAACACAAUGGGAAAUAUCUCUCACCACAUUACUCAGAGAUCACUGUUAGUAAUGAAGAGGUCAGCAACCCCUCAUUUCUUGAUCUAGUUAGAACUCCCCAAAUGAGAAGAAACACAUUGAUUCUGAUGUACGCCUGGUUCACAAGUGCCCUGAUCUACCAAGGGCUUGUCAUGCGCCUGGGAAUUGUUGGAGGAAAUCUCUACCUCGACUUCUUCAUCUCAGGAGCAGUAGAACUACCUGCAGCUCUCCUAAUUUUAGUGACAAUUGAUCGUAUUGGUCGGCGUCCUCCCUUCGCAAUAAGCAAUAUUGUGGCGGGAAUUGCAUGCUUCAUUACUGCUUUCUUGCCAGAAGAUCUCCCAUGGUUCAAAACCACAGUAGCCACACUGGGAAGACUGGGCAUCACAAUGGCUUUUGAAAUUGUGUAUCUUGUGAACACUGAGUUGUACCCUACGACGCUGAGAAACUUUGGUGUUUCCGUGUGCUCGAGUUUGUGUGAUCUAGGUGGAAUCAUAGCCCCAUUCCUGCUCUUCCGAUUAGCAGCUAUUUGGUUGGAGUUACCUCUAAUUAUUUUCAGUAUUCUUGCAGUUGUUUGUGGGCUCCUGGUAUUGCUUUUACCAGAGACAAAGGGAAUAGCCUUACCAGAGACAGUAGAGGGUGUUGAACAGCUUUCAAGUCAUUAUGGUAAAUGUGGCAAGAAAAGGAAACACCGAGACACCAACUCUUAUAUUUAAUCUUUGAAGGACAACAUUGAGCAAAAAGAACUUUGUUCCCAUACUGGGAAUUUUUUUCCCGCCUACUACCACUUUAAAGUUUGCUUCAGAGUAUGGAUUAUACUUCAUGUUCUUCUUCUGAGCAUAAGGACAUUAAAAAUAAACAGUGUAUUUUUCUAUAAAUAUGAAAUAAAUACAUUUUUUCUGAGUAUGAUGUUGGCAGGAAGAGAAUGCUUUGUGAUUCUUGGUAAGAGCAGAACAGCUUUAAAGAGAUGCACUUUCCAGCUCAGUGAGCAAUUAUUUAUGUCAUUAUAUAUUUGAGUUCUUUGUUUAUUACUAAAUAGUUUUAGUAAAUACCUCUGGUGGAGAGAGUUGGAAAGGAGGCUGAUUGUUCAAGAUUUUGAUGAUUUGAGGAAGAAUGGAUGAAUAUUUGAGCCUUUUCUUCUUUGCGCUUGAAAAACCUGGACAAACAGAAGAGCUGAUGGAUCAGGAAGAAGGAUGUUAAUCAUGGAGGUGCCGAGAUGGCGUUUCUCAGGUCAGGAAAGAUGGGAAUUCAUAGUUGUGCCCUGAGAAACCCUUGCACUGGUCUUGCCUCUGCCCCAGCAAACCUCUGUGACAAAAGCUUUCCAUUCCUCCCUGUUCAAGGGCUUUCUCAAAUGUGACAGCUUUCUACCUCCUCUCCUUGCCUGGGCUUUAUGUAGGUUUCCUAUCCUACAGAGGGCAUUAGCUCUGAGUGUCAUGUUAUCCCACUGCCCAUCAGUCUUUCCCCCCAUUUCCAGGGUUUGUAUAUUUUCCCAUUCCCCUCUCCCCAGGCUGCAGUCCCCCAUGCUUUGUAGGGGAAGAGCUUCUCUCUGCUCGCCCCUGUUGGACGCCCUUUUCUAACCCUAUCUCAAGAGAUACAUGCUGAUUUUUUCCCCUCUAAAAUCUAAAUGCUCAUCUCUACAAACCAGUUCCUCUACCAAGAUCAUCCCCUAAAUUCUCUCUUCUCCCUGUUCUUAUUUGUCAUCUUUCUGCCUUAGAGAUAAGUUAUUUGGGAUAUUGACUGGUUAAACUUUCUUGGAAAAAUGAGCAGGACUGAGUGCUUUGGUUAUGCAGGGAAGUGUUUGUUGGACCCAGUUGUCUGACAGACGAAUGACAGCAGAAGUGUUUGGAUAUGUGCCUCUGCAAUCAGAUGGCAGGGGCACACAGUCUUCUCUUUCAGCUGUAUGAAUUUCUUCACCAAGUGUUGGAUCCUGGCCACAGAAAGAAAAUCCACUCUGUGAAAUGAAGGGAUUGAGAAGAUGUGGUGCUCAAAUGCUAUCCUAUUACCAAUGGAGAAUCAAGCAAAAAACCAAAAACAACCCCCCCAAAACAGCAACAACAAAAACCCAGGUCAUUGAGCUGUUUUAAAGAUUGUAAAGGGACUUAGAAGCUCAGAGAAUAACAAAUUUACUAUAAGACAGAGUUUUGAAAUUCAUACCACAAAUGUGUAAUGUUAACAUUAUGAUCUGUGCAGCAGAAUGACCACUGCUCCAUUCAAACCGUCUUAAGAGUGCACAGUUUCCUGCACAAGGAGAUUUCCUACAGUGCCUCCAUUUCUCAUUGCAGCCUGAUGAAGAAUAUUCUAUGCAUCUCAACAGUUCCCAGCUCUCCCCGCCUUCUCCCAACAGCUGCCCAUACCAUCAGCCCUGCUGGAGGAAAAUAGGACCUUUGUUAGGAGUGUAAUACAGGGCUGUCUUUCAAGGCUGUUUCUAAUUUACUCUGAGGAUAGGAUGGUUAAAAUCAGAUACUUAGGAUGGGAUAGGAUGCUUAGACUCAGGAAAGGUUGUUUAGCAGAAGUCACUGGUAACUGCAAGAAAUGAAACUAAAUGAGCAUCUUAAAAUAUAUCUGGUUAAAUGGUGAUGUCUAGAAUGUGAUCUGAAUGUGGAGCUACCACUGGAGGGAGAAAACUACUCCUAUGCCAAUAUGAUCUUCUGCAGACCACUGUAAUUCUGCAGACCACUGUAAAUGCCUUCUGGGCCAGCUGACGGAAAACCAGCUCUGAACUGGAAGCCAUAGUGUUGCAUUAGUCUGGCGCUGGCCUGAGCAAACUCGCUCCUGCCCGUGAGCGCGGGGCAAGAGCUCAGCCCUGCCUGCCUUGCACCCAGUCAGCCCAGAUGGAGCCUCCCUGUUCCUUUUAAUGCUUCUUCUUUGUAAACUCUAAUUUAAAAAAUGAAGGCAUCUGGGAAGUACUGUGGAAAUCAUUGAAUGCUCCAGCUUGCCAAAGAAAUGUCAGUACUGUUUGCCAGCUGUUGCUGUUAUUUGAUGACUGAAUUGUGCUUGAGAAGUCAGAGACAUGAAGGUUUGCUUCUGGUCUAUCAGACUGUGUUUUGUUUGGAAUAGCACUGUAUGUUGUACAGAGCAAUAUAUUUUAUAUGAGCAGUAUAUUUUAGUAUGUAAUUUGGCUAGGAAGUUGUCAGAAAUUUAAAUGUAUUUUUAUUAUAAAAAAGUGUUACGUAAAAGACAUCGGAAAAAAGGACGUGGUUGUGUUCUGACUUUUAAUAUUAUAAUACUUACUAAUAACAUUAGAUGUAACUUCAAGUGAAGUUUGUAUUUGAACCUGUGCUAGCUCUUACCCAUGAACAGGUGGAUUUUGUAAGGCUGAAUAUCUUCAUGUCUCUGUGAGAAUUUUCCCCUGUAUUCACAACCCAGGGAACAGGGUAGUAACCUGUUGGCAUGACCAGAGUUUUGGUGAUGAUGGGGUUGCACUGUUGUGGGUGAGAGGACAAACGAAGCGAUGCAAGCAGAUGGAGAACAUAAGCGAGGGAGCAAGAGUUUAUAUGUGAACAGCUUUACAAAUCAAAGACAAAGCUGCAACGUUGAGUUUCUGUUGUCAGGGAUGUACUAUGUUGAUUUCUUGGCUGACUUAAUGAUCAAAAUUAAUAGAUAUAGAAAAAAUUCCAGGAGGGUAUUUGUGCUCACUGAAUCCCUCGUGACCACAGAGGUAAGUGGGGGAAUGCUUUACUGGAACUUUUUCCUGACGUUGUGGCUUAUCUUGAAAUAAGACUCCAGGCGUAGCAGCUGCAAAAAUCAUCCUGUCACCUAUUUCUUCUUUAUAGCUCUCAGAUUGCCAUUAUAGUCCACAGGAAAGGAGAGGAGAGGAGAGGAGAGGAGAGGAGAGGAGAGGAGAGGAGAGGAGAGGAGAGGAGAGGAGAGGGAAAACCUAGACUGAAUGAAAUGCACCUUGGCAUGCGUAGGAGUGGAACUCUGCACUGCAAAAGUGGGCAGAAUGAAUCCCACUCCAGGAAAUUGGUGAGUUUUGCAGAAUACCCUAGCUUAUGCGGGGAAUGAAGGAAGGACUCCACAUACAACCAGGAGGUUUCAGGAGCCUGCAGGACACUGCCUUGAUAGUCUGGGGUGCAGGAUGGACUGGGGGGCUCACUCUGGCAAAUGUCAGCUAAGUUUUCUCUGGCAAACACCUACAAAGUGGGGGAUAGCUUGGUAGCUGGAUGUCCCUUUCAACAUGCUUGGCUGCCUUUUUCCCUCAUUUUUGUUGAGGAAGGUUUUAUCAUCACAAGGCAGACGAUGCUGAGCAGAGUGCUAAGGAGAUGAGACGGGGCAAUCAGGUCAUUCUUUGGCUGUAUUGACUUUCUGAAGACAUAAAUGUAGCAUUUCUUUUUUUGUUGUUAAAAUGGGAAGGAAAUUUCUCUUGUUCAAAUCCAUCUUCAUAUAAUGAGAAAGGGUAUCCCAAAAAACUCCCAGUUGAGAACAGUGAAAGGUACUCUGUGUAAAGGUUAACAGUGAGUAGUGACUAUCUGAGUCUAGCUCAUCUGAUAACAAUAAAAAACACAAGGAAAUGAUUCUUAGAGAUAGCAGCAAAAAUGUGUGAGCACAUUUUUAGGAAACUAAUAGGACUGUCGUGUUAACAAGCAGUGCCUUACUGGACAACUAAAAAUCAAUCCUGUUUACAACACAUUUUGGGAGGCAAACCUUUUGGACAACAAGAAAUAACGGAUAGAAUAAAGAAUGAAUAUCAAAUGCAAAGCGAAAAACAGAAAAUCCUCAUGGAGGAAGUAGAAGUAACAUUCUGAAAUAUUUGAUGGUUCAGAAAUUUGACAUUGUUUGGCAUAGAGAACAGCAACUUUUUCCCCUCCCUCUAAUGUGUAUAAUGGCAUAUGUACAUUUAGCAGAAAAACACUGAGUUUUUUUGGGGGGUGGUCUUUUUUGGACUUUUCCUUCAGAUGUUAUGAAGAAAUUUACCAUUAUAGAACAAUGUAGAAAUGUCUGUAUUUUAAAAGACACUCUAUGAGCAUAGCUUUCAUUUACUAUGACCGCAGGCAUGCAUAAAUCUUUUUCUUUUAGAGGACAAAAAUAUACAUGUAGAGUUUAUAUUGGGAGACAAGACUAGUACUGUUGAUGACAAUUUUAUAAUAUAAUAUAUACAUUGUCAGUA